AUGGCACCAAUAAUAUCAAUUAACAAUACUGCUAUUGAUUCAAAAAUUGGUCCGAUUCUCUCUAAGAGUGCAGCGUUAAUUACUUUUGCUGCACCACAUUUCAAUAAUGAUGGUAAAAAGAAGCCAUUGUCUUUGAAAAUCUUUACUUACGUCACUUCUGGGAUUUGUCUGUUUGUUAUGAUACUGGUAUUUGUUCUGAAAGCUGUGAUGCAUGUAAGAUAUGGCUGGGGGUCAAGAAGGAUCUCCGAUUUGAAACGAUUGAAAAAUUUCUUUUUAAAACCUUUCAACUUUAAGAAAAAACCUGUGGAAAAUAAUCCACCUUUAUCCACUGGAAUGGCUUUCAUUUUCACUCCAACCAAUGCAAUUUCGGAACCAUAUAACGUUCCCAAGUACACUCAAUCUUUGAAUUCAAAUGAUGCAGGUUAUUUCGAUAAUGAGGGACAACUUCAUAAUAUAAGUGACAUUAACGAGAGCAACGAAAGCUUAAAUGCUCCUCCACCAUCAUUUGUUUCAAUUAUAAGACCAGAACCAGCAUACACUAGUCAUCAAUCAAGAGAUAGUUACUAUUACAAAGAAUUGCCCUUUAAUAAUAAUGAAAUUACAAGUUAA